AUGAGCGUUCCCAGAGCCAUUCGCAAGGCAUUCCUUGCUGUUGAGACGUCCGAGGGCGUCGGCGCAAGAGUCCGAAGAUCAAUCGGCACUCCGCAGCUACGAAACUUCUCGCCAUUCCUGAUGCUCGACCAUUUCUCUGUCAAGCCCGGCGCAGGAUUCCCCGAUCACCCGCAUCGUGGUCAAGAAACAAUUACAUACAUGCUCCACGGCGCAUUCGACCACGAGGACUUCGCGGGCAACAGAGGAACGAUUGAGGCAGGCGAUUUACAGUUCAUGACUGCUGGCAAGGGCAUAGUCCACUCGGAGAUGCCUAGGCAGAACGCCGACGGUAGCGCAAACACUGGUCUCCAGCUGUGGGUUGAUUUGCCCCAAAAGUUGAAGUUCUGCGAGCCGCGGUAUCGCGAUCUACGCGGAUCUGAGAUCCCCUCUGUCGAUGUAGAUGAUGGCAAGGUACACAUCAAGGUCAUUUCUGGCCAGAGCCACGGCGUCGACUCAGUCAAAGAUCUAGCCUACACACCGGUGUGGAUUCUUGACAUUGAAAUCAAGCCAGGUGGCAAGGUUGUCCAGCCCCUGCCAAAGGGGUGGAAUGCCUUUGCCUACACUCUUGAAGGAGAUGUCUCAAUUGGCAAGGACGGUGACAAGACGACUGUCGGACAGUACCACAAUAUUGUUUUUGAGGGCGAGGGCGAUGCAGUAUACGCCGAGGUGGACGAGAAGGCCGAGAAGCCUGCGCGCUUCGCCCUAAUUGCGGGUACUCCUCUCGAUCAGCCAGUCAUUCAAUAUGGCCCAUUCGUCUUAAACACCAAGGACGAGGUCUACCAGGCUUUGUCCGACUAUCAGACCCACUCUAACGGCUUCGAGCGGGCGAAGGACUGGGCCAGCGAAAUUGGCAAAUCAAUGGUGCACUAA